GGGGGCCGCCCCGAACCGGCCCAGGCGAUGUCGGCGAGUCACGACAGUCGAGCCCGAGAGAGGGAAAAUGGACCCGAGGGGAUGGAACCGGACGGCGUCAUCGAGAGCAACUGGCACGAGGUGGUGGACUCGUUCGACGAGAUGAACCUUUCGGAGCCGCUGCUCAGGGGCAUCUACGCCUACGGCUUCGAGAAACCCUCGGCCAUCCAGCAGAGAGCCAUCCUGCCCUGCAUCAAAGGCUAUGACGUCAUCGCGCAGGCGCAGUCGGGCACCGGCAAAACGGCCACGUUCGCCAUCUCCAUCCUGCAGCAGGUGGAGCUCGACCUCAAGGCCACCCAGGCGCUCGUGCUGGCCCCCACCCGCGAGCUGGCCCAGCAGAUCCAGAAGGUGGUGAUGGCGCUCGGGGACUACAUGGGGGCCUCGUGCCACGCCUGCAUCGGCGGCACCAACGUCCGCGCCGAGGUCCAGAAGCUGCAGCUCGAGGCCCCCCACGUGGUGGUCGGGACCCCCGGCAGGGUGUUCGACGCUCAACUGGCGCUACCUCUGUGAGUGACCCCAAAUCCGCCAAAUUCACCCCAAAAUCCACCUCGGGAACCCCCAAAACCCCCAGGAACGCCCCCAGAAACACCCAAAACCGGGUUAAAACCCCCCAGAAACACCCAAAACCGGGUUAAAACCCCCCAAAAAUCAGGGCUGGGACCCUCGGCAGGGUGUUCGACGCUCAACCGGCGCUACCUCUGUGAGUCACCCCAAAUCCGCCAAAUUCACCCCAAAAUCGGCCAAAUUCACCCCAAAAUCCGCCUCGGGAACCCCCAAAACCCCCAUUAACAACCCCAGAAACACCCAAAAAUGGGUUAAAACCCCCCAAAAAUCAGGGCUGGGACCCCCGGCAGGGUGUUCGACGCUCAACCGGCGUUACCUCUGUGAGUGACCCCAAAUCUGUCAAAUUCACCCCAAAAUCUGCCAAAUUCACCCCAAAAUCCGCCUCGGGAACCCCCAAAACCCCCAGGAAUGGCAUCAGAAACACACAAAAAUGGGUUAAAACCCCCCAAAAAUCAGGGCUGGGACCCCCGGCAGGGUGUUCGACGCUCAACCGGCGCUACCUCUGUGAGUGACCCCAAAAUCAGGCAAAUUCACCCCAAAAUCUGCCUCAGGAACCCCCAAAACCUCCAGGAAUGGCAUCAGAAACCCCCAAAACCGGGUUAAAACCCCCCAAAACAUCAGGGCUGGGACCCCCGGCAGGGUGUUCGACGCUCAACUGGCGCUACCUCUGUGAGUGACCCCAAAUCCGCCAAAUUCACCCC